AUGAAAUAAGUCAUUUUUCUAGUAAUGCUGAUUACUCUGACUCUCCAGACAUCGUUGUCAUCUAAAGUUGAUGUUGUGAUGGCACAAAUGGACAAAAUGGCACUUAAAAACGAAUUUUCAAAGCAACUUGCUGGUUUGAUUGAACUCAAAAUGUUACAGAGUUCUUAUGUCGAAGAAGUCUUAAAAGAAAUCAAAGGCAUCAGAGAUCAAUUAAUCUCAGAUUAAACUGUCGAAGAUCAAGAAUUUGCCAAAGUAUAUACAAUACUAUUUAUUUCAUCUAGAAAAUUGGAUAAUUGAAUGUGGAAAUUGAAAUCUUGGAGAUCUAAACUGAAAAAUUGGCUAAAGAAUUACAAAGACUCAAUCAAUAAAUCGCAGAUUUAAAUGAAGACAUUAGUAAACUAAUUGGCACUCAAUAAUCAUAAGAAAAAUAAUUAUCAACUUUGAAUUCCAAAGAAGAAGACAUCAGAAACCAAUACAAAUUGGAAAUUGAAACCAUUUCAGUAUAUCUCAUCAAUAUUUCUAGCAAAGAACAACAAACAAUGUAAAAUCAAUUGAUGGUUUGAAUGAAAUGAUUGCAAAACUAUAAUAGGCUGUAUUUGCUGAAUAGAGUAAAACCACUGUUCUCUCACAACAACACACCAAACAAUAUGUUGAUCAACUUGCUAAUUCAUUGGGACCUAACCAUCCCAUUACAGCUCUUGUCUCUGUAACUUCUAAGUAAUUCUCUCUCUUAUAUCAGAUUCGAUGUACCAACCGUUACCAGAAUUAUCCAAUUACUUGAGAACAUUCGAGACCAAAGAAUACAAGAAAAUGCAGGUGCUGAUGAAUAUGUUGCUAAAGUUACAUAAUCUUAUGAAGUCACACUUAAAGAAGUCACUGAAGUUAGAGAAAGACUCAGUGCUGAUUAUUCAAGAACAAUUGUGACCUUGAAGAGAAGAAACGAAGAAAAUGUAACUGUUAUCUCAAUUAUCAAAAAGGCAUUAUCCACCAAAAGCAGAAAUCAAAUAUAAAAGGACUUACCUAUUGCAUUAGAUUUACUCUAAUAAUAUAGAAAUGAAAGGGAAAUAGUCUAGUCUAACUAUAAUUUGAGAUCUGCCAAGAGAGAAAAUGAAGUCAAAAUUAUCACAUAAGCUUAUACUAUAGUUGCCUAAUAAGUCAAAGUUUGAAUAAUAU